CCUCCUUAAUUCAUUAAUUGAUAUAGACUAAAGUUAAUUAAACCGAACGGCGUACACUUGUCUCAAUUAUAAAUGGCCAAGUGACCAAGAGCUCAUAAUCUUCCUUUUAUAUAAAUAAAUCAUCUCAUUAUCUCAUAUUACCUUAAAAAAAAAAAAAAAAAGCACCACCACAAAAUCAAUGGGAUCAUCCAUAGCCAAUAACCUCUUCACUAUCUUGAUCACCACCACCCUACUCUUCGUCCCUUCCUAUGCAGCCACCUUCGAAAUCUGCAACGAAUGCCCAUACACCGUCUGGGCUGCCGCCAGCCCCGACGGUGGCCGCCGACUCGACCGCGGCCAAACAUGGACGCUCAACGUUGCUGCGGGCACGGCCAUGGCCCGCAUUUGGGGUCGGACAAACUGUAACUUCGAUGGCAGUGGGCGCGGCCGCUGCCAGACUGGAGACUGCGGUGGCCUCCUUCAGUGCCAAGGUUGGGGCCAACCUCCAAACACACUAGCGGAGUACGCCUUAAACCAAUUCAACAACCUUGACUUCAUUGACAUCUCCCUAGUCGAUGGUUUCAACAUCCCCAUGGACUUUAGUCCCACUACGGGAAGGUGUAGGGGAAUAAGGUGCACCGCUGACAUCAAUGGUCAGUGCCCAGCCCAACUCAGGGCUCCCGGGGGUUGUAACAAUCCAUGUACUGUGUUCAAGACCAAUGAGUAUUGCUGUACCAAUGGGCUAGGAACCUGUGGACCCACCACGUUCUCAAGAUUUUUCAAGGAGAGGUGUCCUGAUGCUUAUAGUUACCCUCAAGAUGACCCCAGCUCUACUUUUACUUGCCCGGACCAUGGCAAGAAAGAAUAAUGCCUCUCAGGUUUU